GAGGAGUCCUUGGGUUCGAAGCGGUGGUCAAGGGUUUCGACUUUGAAAAGAUCCUUUAUUUUCAUUGUGAGGGUGGAGGUGGCGGAGGUGGGAGUGUAAUCGAGGGGAGGAAGGGGAGGUGGUGGUUAGUUUGCCUGAGGCAUGAUUUGACGCGGAUCUUGCGCGUCUUCACUUGCGGAAAAGGCAUGUCAGUUAUAUGAUCAUUGGAGACAGUGUGAGGAGGGAGCAAGUGACCGAGAGUCCGGACCGGCAGAUGUGAGGAUCAGGUCAAUACCUUCGCCAUGACAUCCGUUCCGCCCCAAAUUCCGCUCAAAGAAGAGUACGGCGGCGACGAGAUCAACGCCCUCGUGCUCGACCCUGGCAGUCACAGCAUCCGCGCCGGCUUCGCAGGCGAAGACACCCCCAAGUCUGUCGUGCCCACCCACUAUGGCGUCCUCUCCUCCGGCCACCACGUCUACGGCGAGAAUGCCAUCCAUAUCCCGAACGCCGACAUGGAGAUCCGCAACCCAUACAACACAGACGGACUGGUAGAAGACUGGGACACCGCGGCCAAGAUGUGGGAGUACAGUAUUACCUCACGACUCACGGGCGCGCGGCAGACACCGCCGAGUCGCAAUGGGCUGAAUGUGGUGAAGGAUGGGGAGGGGGAUGUGGAGAUGGAGACGGACGAGACGAGUAAGGCCAAGGCGGAGACGGAGAAGAUGGAGGAGGAGGAGAGGGAUAGGGCGCUGGCGGAGUAUCCACUGCUCAUGACGGAGCCGGCGUGGAAUCCGGUCAAGGCGAGGGAGAAGACGAUGGAGGUUGCGAUGGAGGAGUGGGAUGUGCCUGCUUUCUUUUUGGCGAAGACGGGACAGUUGGCGGCAUACGGUAAUGGCAAGGCUACUGCGUUGGUGGUCGAUGUGGGACAUUACAAUACCUCGGUGACGGCAUUGUGGGAAGGGAUGGUGUUGCGGAAGAGCACCACCCACAGCCCCUUAGCCUCCUCCUUCCUCUCCGACCAGAUCCGGCGCAUGUUCACCACCACCACGCCCCCCGUCCCACUAACACCCUACUACCUCAUCGCCUCCAAAAUCCCCGUCGACGCCGGCCACCCCGCCUCCGCAACCUACACCAACUUCUCUUCCCCCCCGUCGCCCUCCUUCCGCCGCUUCGAAGAAGACCGCGUCCUCACCGCGUUCAAAGAAAGCGUCGUCUCCGCCUGGCCCGGCCCCGGAAGGUUGGAAGCGAAUCUCGAAGCGGUCAAACUCACGCCGCCGCGCCCGUUCGAGAUGCCGGAUGGCUGGAAUAAUGUGUUUGGAGCGGAGAGGUAUAAGGUUGUGGAGGGGCUAUUCGACACGAAAGCCGCUUACCCUCCCCCUCCCUCCUCCACAUCCUCAUCCUCACCCUCACAAUCACAAUACACGCCCAAAUCCGACGACAGCAUACCAUCCAUGAUCCACCGCUCCGUCAACGCCUGCGACGUUGAUGCGCGGCCCGCACUCCUAGGCAACAUCAUUCUGACCGGAGCGGGGAGUUUGAUUGAAAAGCUACCGGAACGACUGCAGAGUGAUGUCCAAGCUAUGUUUCCGAAUCCGCGCGUGCGGGUUAUUGCGGCGGGCGGGAGCGUGGAGAGGAAGUUUGGGGCGUGGAUUGGCGGGAGUGUGUUGGCGAGUUUGGGCACGUUUCAUCAGAUGUGGAUUUCUAGGGAGGAGUAUGCGGAGUUUGGGGCGGGGUUGGUGGAGAGGAGGUGUAAGUGAGUGUUUUGUCAAGGGGUCGACGCCAGCUUAUGGCAGACGGAUCGGACUGUUCGUGGCUGAGUAAAUCUCAACCCCCGUGCAAGAUCACGAUAUGGUAGAUGCGGCUGUACGUUUCACAGAGUGCCCG